AUGCCUUCAAGAGAGCACCUGCGGGUCUGUCCCCAGGGCUACACCUGCUGCACCAGUGCCAUGGAGGAGACCUUGUCGAACCUGAGCCGUCGGGAGUUCGAGGGUCUGGUCAGGGAGGCCGGACGUUCGCUGCAGGCCACGCUCAACGCCCAGUACCGCAGCUUUGACACCUACUUCACAGACCUGCUCAACCAUUCUGAGCGCUCGCUGCAGGAGUCCCUCCUGGUCAGCCUGGGGUUGCUGUACUCCCAGAACGCCCACAUCUUCCAGGACCUCUACGCCGACCUGCGGCGCUACUACCGAGGCUCCGCCGUCAACCUCGACGAGACGCUCAACGAGUUCUGGGCCCGCCUCCUGGAGCGCCUAUUCAAGAGCAGCGCCGCCUCAGACUACGCCCUGUCGGAGGACUACCUGGACUGCGUGUCCAAGCACACGGAGACGCUGCGGCCGUUCGGCGACGUCCCCCGCGACCUCAAGGCCAAGGUCACCGUGACCUUGGUGACAUCGCGCUCCUUCGUCCAGGGGCUGACCGUCGCCGGGGAAGUGGUCCGUAAGGUGUCCCAGGUCCCUCUGAGCCCAGAGUGCACCCGUGCCAUGAUGAAACUGAUGUACUGCCCUCACUGCCGGGGCCUGGCGUCGGUCAAGCCCUGUGCCAACUACUGCAGCAACGUGAUGAAGGGAUGCCUGGCCAACCAAGCCGACCUGGACUCAGAGUGGCAGAACCUCGUGGACACCAUGCUGCAGGUGGCGUCCAGCUUCAGUGCAGAGCCCAGCAUAGACGUGGUAAUCUCCUCCAUACCCCUGCGCCUGUCUGAGGCCAUCGCCUACCUGCAGGGCAACCUGCAGACCUUCACCGCCAAGGUAUUUCAGACGUGUGGGAGCCCCGGCGUGGCUGGGACUCGCAGCUCUGCCCCGGAGGAGCAGAAGAAGACCGGGAAGCCCCUCACAGCCCAGGAGAACAGACCCAGCCCCACCACUGGGGUCCGGCUGGAGAUGCAGAUCUCAGACGUGUCCAGUAAGCUGAGGGAGAUGCAGCAGUACUGGGUUCAGCUGCCACAAGCUCUGUGCGUCAGCAAAGUAGCAGCCGGCAACGCCAACGAAGACAAAUGCUGGAACGGCAUGACCAAGGCCAGGUACCUCCCAGAGGUAUUGGGCGAUGGUUUGGCCAAUCAGAUCAACAACCCGGAGGUGGAAAUUGACAUCACCAAGCCAGACAUGACUAUCCGCCAGCAGAUCAUGCAGCUGAAGAUCAUGACCAACCGGCUGAGGAACGCUCUCAACGGCAACGAUGUGGACUUCCAGGACACCAGUGAGGACGUCAGCGGAUCAGGAAGUGGGAUGUGUGCGGGCGACUUGUGUGUCCGGGCCGGUCCUCGCGCUGUCGGGCCCAAGUCAGUCCAACCCAAACAGUACGCUUACCCCCCGGAGAAGAAGGUCAGAAGCGUGGCCGCGCAGACCCGCCCCUGCACCCUUCUACUCGUGCUCUCAUUGGCCACACUGCUGCUUAGGCGGUAAUGGACAGGAGUUGCCACCAAUCAGACUGUGUUUUGAAGUAGAGCUUGGGCGAUGGGGCAUGUAUGUGGGGGGAGAAAGGGGCAGGGGGGGAGGGGGGCGGGGGAGGUGACUUUGCCAAAAAGAAAAGACUGUAAAUGACAGAAAGAGGGAGAGGAAAAAAAGAAAAGAAAGUUGAUUUCCUUUGUUUGUUUUUUUUAUGUGGCAAGAAGAGCUGGCCUUUGGCUUAGUGUGUUUUUAAUUGUUCUAUGAUUCCGAGACGAACGCUAAAUAAAACAAUGUACAUGUCAGGUGCCAUUUUACCAGGCGCCAGCA